CUGCGCUACAACGAGCCCAUUAGCUAAAGGUACCAAUAUGGCGGAGGCUUCCCUAGGGAGUUCAAGUCCAGUUGGCUCUUUAUCGUCAGAAGACCAUGACUUUGACCCAACGGCAGAAAUGUUAGUUCAUGAGUAUGAUGACGAGAGGACUCUGGAGGAGGAAGAGUCUCUGGAAGGAGGGGGGAAUUUCCGCUCGGAGAUUGCAGAUCUGGAAAAGGAGGGGAACAUGCCUUUGGAGGAACUAUUGGCCAUCUAUCGCUACGAGGCCUCGGCAGGCUCCAGUAUAGACAGCUCAUCUGGAGACCUGACUGAUGAGCUACCUGACAUGACUUUGGACAAGGAGGAAAUAGCUAAAGACCUGCUGUCUGGGGACUAUGAAGAGGAGACCCAGUCCUCAGCUGAUGACCUAACCCCUUCAGUCACAUCCCACGAGGCAACCGAUUUCUUCCCAAGGACACUUCGAUCCAACGCUAUAUCUGAUGGUGAUAAAGAGUCGGAGUGUGAUGAAGAUGGCCCAAGCCCAGAAGACUCCAGAAAGGAAAUAAUGGUGGGAACACAGUACCAAGCAGAGGUUCCUUCUUGCCUCUGUCACUACAAAGACGGAGAGAAAGCUUAUGAAGAUGAAGAUGAGUUAUUAUGGAGCCCAGGCAAAUUGCCAGAAAACAAGGUUAGGAGUUUCCUGUCUGAAGUGUUGUCACGGACAACAGAUGAAAAGAUGGGAUGUGACAAACCAGGGAUGCAUGUUCGAGACAACGAGCAGGCUUUGUGUGAGCUUGUCAAGUGCAACUACAACACUCGCGAAGCGCUAGAGAGAUACUGCAGCCGUGUUAGGUCCUCUAAAGAAAAAACGCCUCCGUGGUCGGAGGAGGACAUGCCAACAAACUUUAGACACCGCACCUAACACGAUGUUUGACCAAGAAUUUUCCACCUCAUACAGAAGCAUAAAGUCACAGCACCGACAGGUGCAGAAUGUGUGGCGUUUUACCACAUGUGGAAAAAGUCGGAGCGCUUUGAUUUCUUCGUGCAGCGCAAUCGGUUUGGCAAGAAAAAGCACAGCAGCCAUCCUGUAACUGACCUGACGGACAGGCCGGUGGACCGAGCGGAGGGACUGGCGGUGGACAGUCCUCCUCUGUGUGUUUUAGGAGCAGGUGGAGGAGGAAGGCUGGAGACCACCACAGACCAACGGCUCAGCACGCUCAACUCCAUCACUGCCAGCCAACUCACACCGUUGAGUAACAGUGUAGCCACAGUGUGCAGCCCUGCGGAGGUUAGUUGCCUGGACUCCUACAGCCUCUCUCAGCUGGAAAGUCUCCAUCGCGGGUCCCUAAACCACGACGAAUCCCUCGGGUUCCCUUCAAAUGGUGCGGACCCCGACUGCCUCAACAUGCUGGACGCCGGCUUCUACCACUCUGACCUGGGCCAGCUAGGAGGAGUGUGUGUCAACAAGGACUGCGAGCGGCCCUCCAAGAGACUCAAGAUGGCCCUGCCUGACUCCUUUAUCAAUGACGUGUCUGUGGGUAACCUUGGCGUGGACUUCGAAGCACGACGGACAGCGGCGCACCACCACCGAAUCACCGGCGCCAAAAUGGCAGUGUCUGUCACAGACUUUGGGAGCUUGGCAGGCAGCGGCGAGCCCAACGGGUUUCUGGGAGCACAUGCACGGCACCACACACAGCACACUGCGGCACUUCAGUCAGAGUGAUCUUCUUCGUCUUCUUCCCUUCCCUUUUGAAACCCCUUAACCCGCUUGUACAUAAGACUGACCUCACUGGAGAAUUUGAUUUGUUUAAAUUCUAUUAUAUAUAUAUAUAUAUAUAUCUAUAUAUAUGUAUAUGAAUAUACUUUUUUGUUUUCAUUUUUUGUGUAAUAUGACAUCAGUGAUGUCUAUCAUAUAGAACUAAAAUCUUGAUUUCUCUCAAGAGUUUAUAUAGCCAUUUAUUUUAUUUUUGUUUUGCGGUCUUGAGAUGUGUAACGUCCAUGUACAGUGGGGCCCAGAGGCUGCAGUAGGAGAGUUGUGUAUCUUCCUCCCUCAGAUCUACACACAUCUUCAGAGCUACAAUACGUUAUCCUGCCAUUCUUUCCAGUUGCCAAAAAAUGGCUUGGUUUUCUGCCUGUAGUGUUGGUAUUUAGUUGCUUGUCUUGUUGUUUGAAGUGGUACUUUUUAAAAAAAAAUUAGUGUUUGGUUUACAGGUACUUUUUUUUAGCAACCAGGCUGGUGCAAAUGGUUUUAUUUGCACCCAAAUAAACCUGGCUAGACAUUGUAUGAAGAGCAACACUAGCGUGGAGAUUAGCUUGGACAUCAGGAAGUGUCGUGGCUUCAGCUGCUAAAGCUUUUCAGUUUGGUUUUCUUUUCUUAUUCUGUUCUCCUGUGGAAGCUUGUCCGUAGUUGGAUCUCUGCUUGUUUACUUUAAAACUGUUCAAAGUUGCCAAACUGGAACAUGCAAAUGUUUGCAACAUAUAUUUUUUAAUUUAUCCAAUAAUAAUAUAAUUUAGUCAAACCCAAAUUAUAGUACCAGAUUCAUAGUUUUUCUAUUACAUUUUUAAAAUGGGUGACAAAAAAAUACCUUUUGUAGAGUAAAUAAUGGGUGUCUCCUGGUUUUCCAGCUGGAUAUUGCAAUUUUUGUUUAAAGCCUGCUUCUUUCUAGGAGGGUAUCAGUCAGAGAAGAAAACCAUAACAGCAAUAUUGCAAUGCAAAGAUAUUGGUUGGGUUAAUAGUCACUUAAACAUAGACAUCAUCAAGCACUGUUAAGUUUGUAUUUAUUGCAUUUACUUUAAUCUUUGUGAGAUUUUGUUUAAUCCUUUUGAACUCAUGCUUCUAUUAGGCAAGCUUGGCUGUAUACGUCUGUUUGUUAGUUGUAGUAAAAAAAAAAAAAUCAUGUUAGAAUAUGCUCCUAAAUUAAGUGACGCCAUUUUCAGACCACUUAGCAAGCUUGGGUAAACCUGCUAGCAGUAUUAUCACUUUAUUUAAAGCCACUCGGUUUCUGUUUUGCCUAACCUGUACUGACUACAGAAGACCUUGGGAAAUCUGGUCACGGAUUUCUUUGAGUGUAGUAGCAGAAAUGGAGCCAUUUUCUCUUGACUGAAGUCCAUAAUUGUGAAUUGUAAAAUAUUUAGCAGGUCAUCGUCAGUUGAUUGGAUGCAGUAGUAGUGUUUACUUAAUUUAUCUAUGCAUUGUGCUAUGAUGAUUAGUUUGUUUCAGGGGUACAUCACGUUUGUCAUGUUCAUAGAGCUUGUAAUUCACCAUUAUGUGUGUGUACAGACAGGAUUCAUGCCUAUAAACCAUCAUUAAGUUUUAUCAUCCAGUAAUUCAGUUUCCAAGCCCAGCAUCUGAAAAGGUAUUCACUUCUGCAUUUCAUGUAAAUAAUUAGCAAAUAGCCUUUAAAAAGUCUAUUAACUGACCUCUUACACUUGUGAAUCUGUGUUAAUACAAAGGUUUUAAUUUGAUUCCUUGUCAAAAGGCAAUAAUUUGUAGAUAUGUACAGAUAUUUUGGUUUUGCAUUUUACCGGUUGACUUGGUGUUUGAAUUUUCUUUUCUCUCUCUUUGGAAAGUCAUGAUACCCAAACCCCCCAGGACCCAGCUGAAACCACGCAUGCCAGCUGUGUCUGUUUCUCAAGUGUACCACUGAAAACGGCUUUACCCGAAGACGUAUUGAUAUUACUCAGUGUUGCAAAUUUUUAUUCAAAACUUGCAGCCAUGUGUAAAAGACGCUCAUCUUUCUUUCCUCGAAAAAACUCUUUUUACAUGUCGUCUAUAUUUGUCUUGAUGGUAAAGGGAUGGCUGCUGCUCUAAGUGUGUGGAGAGCUAGUUUUCUCUUUUAAUGCAAUGUGCAUAAUGCAGUAGGUCCUCCAAGCUCUUCUAGCUUUAGCAGUGCAGUGAUAUUUAUUUCACCUGUGGUUUGUACAAAGACUCAGAAAAACUGUCAGAAUGUAAAGGCCAUUAAGUAGUAGAAGUAGGUUUUUCACCACCCUGUGAACUCUCGAAAAUGUGAUAUUUUAUUGAUAUCUCUGGUAUGAGACUUGUGUGUGCAAGAAAGCACUAAACAAAUUUAUUUUAUAUUUUGUAUUGUGUUUUGAAGUUUAAAAAGGAAAACAAUUAUAGCAGUUGUGGUUUUGAAAAAGAAAACUCGAGUCCUUUGACGAAAACAAAAACACCUUUGUGAAUAAAAACCUACAAAACUUAAAAAUGUAUAUCCAGAAAUAUAGACAAUCAAAACCUUCACUAUGAGAAAUGUUCAAGAAGCUAUCUUUAUUGUUUAUAAGAAUUGUACAUAAACAUUUGAGUUUUUUUUUUUCUUUUGUUAAACAUUAUUUUGUAUUUUCUGUUGUACUUUAAUACCUUGUGUACAGAUCCAGAAAUAAAGCUCUGGAAAAGGUUCA